CGCUGCGGACGCUCCCGCUGCUGCGGUCCCGUCGGCGUCUCUGCGCGCACUCGCGUGUCCCCGCCGUGAACCGGAACCGCUUGCGGAAGUCGCCGCUGGGAGCCGAACGCCGAACGAGAACACGGUGGGAGGCGGCCUGCGCGGCGCCACCCGCCAUGGCCCCGGCGGGGUGAGCACUGCGUGGGGCCGCAGGCGCGGACUCAGGCUCCUCCGCCGCAAACCAGGGCCUGAGGCCGUAGCAGCCGGGGUCGCUGUCUGUCGGUCGCCUGCACGUCGCCGCCGUCCAUGGCGCGGCCCCGCCGCCGCCGUCGCUGCUGACCCGGGCCCGGCGCGGUUUCCGCCCUCCACGGGGCGCGGGCGGCCUGCCUUUGCGCCCGAGCCCGCGCCCGCGCCCGCGCCCCGGGGCUACCAGUCGGAUAGGCAGCGAUGGGGAACACUACUUCAUGCUGCGUGUCGUCCAGCCCCAAGCUCCGAAGGAAUGCGCACUCGCGGCUGGAGUCCUACCGCCCGGAUACGGACCUCAGCCGUGAGGACACUGGCUGUAAUCUGCAGCACAUCAGCGACCGGGAAAACAUCGACGUGUCCAAGCUCCUCCAAGUCUUGGCAGCAGAGAGAAAAACCAUUUUCCCAGGAGCAGAGGCAUCCAGGGCAGAGCCAUUGUUGUCAAUGAACUCUUCCAAGGAUUUGAACAUGGAAUUCAAUCCUUCAGACCAUCCUCGGGCCAGCACAAUAUUCCUCAGCAAAUCUCAGACAGAUGUGAGAGAAAAGCGCAAGAGUCUCUUCAUUAACCAUCAUCCUCCAGGGCAGACAUCAAGGAAAUACAGCUCCUGCUCCACGAUCUUCCUAGAUGACAGCACAGUCAGUCAGCCAAACCUCAAGUAUACCAUCAAAUGUGUAGCUCUUGCGAUAUAUUACCACAUCAAAAACAGGGACCCAGAUGGAAGAAUGCUCUUAGAUAUUUUUGAUGAAAACCUCCACCCUCUUUCGAAAUCCGAAGUGCCACCUGAUUAUGACAAACACAACCCAGAGCAGAAGCAAAUUUACCGGUUUGUUCGGACACUGUUCAGUGCUGCUCAGCUGACAGCUGAAUGUGCCAUUGUCACCCUGGUAUACCUUGAAAGGCUCUUGACAUACGCAGAAAUUGACAUCUGUCCAGCCAAUUGGAAGCGCAUUGUCCUAGGGGCAAUCCUGCUGGCCUCUAAGGUGUGGGAUGACCAGGCUGUGUGGAAUGUGGAUUACUGCCAGAUCCUGAAAGAUAUCACAGUGGAGGACAUGGAUUUAUUCAUUUCCUCUUUACCAGCCUCUAUCAUCUUCAUAAGACUGAAUAUAAGGAAUGAACUGGAGCGGCAGUUUCUUGAAUUGCUACAGUUUAACAUCAAUGUUCCUUCCAGUGUGUAUGCCAAGUAUUAUUUUGAUCUCCGUUCUCUGGCAGAAGCAAACAACCUGAGCUUUCCUCUGGAGCCCCUAAGCAGAGAGCGUGCCCACAAGCUUGAGGCCAUCUCCCGUCUCUGUGAGGACAAGUACAAGGACCUGAGAAAACCCAUGAGGAAGCGUUCAGCAAGUGCUGACAACCUGAUUCUGCCACGGUGGUCCCCAGCCAUCAUCUCCUAACUGGGGCAUUCUCCUAAGGUCAUGCUGUCCCUCAGUUUCUCCUUUUGUUUAAGAAAAAAUGAACUUGGGUGGUUUUGUUUGGUUUGGCUUUCUUUUUUCCUUCUGGCCCCAUCAAGGCUGCCUUCACACCCACCUCCACACUCCGUGGGUGCACGCAAAGAGGCUUUAAGGGACGUGAAAUCAGUAUUCAGGAAACUUGGUGUCAAGCCUUCCUGACCGUCACGAAUAGCACUUCUUUCAUGGAGGAAACAGACUCUAAUCCUGGAGAAGGAAAUGAAGGAGAGGAAGUUGUAUUGAGGCAAAGAUUACUUGGUAGCUUUGCUGUUUCUGGGUCCUUGUCUGGUCAUAGAUACCAGAUGGAGCCAGCUGAUAGGUAGCAGAGUUGAACGCAUCUCCAAAUCAGGAAUGCCAUGCUAUGUGCCCUCGGAAUCCUUAUGCUCUGUAAGACUUCCUGCAUUCCUUCAUGCUGCUCUCUUGGGGGUGGGGGUGGGGGUGUUUGUUCAUUUUUAUUCUGGUUUGGUUUUGAUUCCUUAGAGCAGAGAGUAUAGUUUGUAACCACCAUGGCACAGACAUCCAAAUAAAUAGUACUGAUUGUUUAUCUCUGCUCCAUUUUCUCUAGCUUUCUUCUGAGCUUUCUUCCUCACAAGAUGUGCUUGUUGUGUUUCUACACAUCUGUUUUGUAUGAUUCUCUUUCAACAAUAGCAGGAUUAACUUGACUGUAGUACUGAACCAAAACUAUUCUCUCCUGCCUAAUUCCAAGAACAUUCUAUCUAGAUUAACAUGGGUGCUUGUGCCUUCCAGUUUUCUUGCGAUUGGUUGUUCUUGGUUUUGGUUUUGUCACCUCCUCUCCAUCCCAGGUUCUCUUUUUCUGCUAACAUGAAGGUGUAAUUACAAAACGCAAUCAGACUUGGUGGCUGAAGGCCAAGGUCCUGAGCACAAGCAUCUUGGGUAGAGAAGCAUCAGGGAGCCAGUCUUUCCUGACCUCAUGAGGAGCCAUGUCCAUGUGCUCCUGCCUGGUCAUUCUUCUACUGACCUCAUGAGGAGCCGUGUCCAUGCGCUCCUGCCUGGUCAUUCUUUUACUUCCAUGUCCAUUGUUGUAAGCAAUAUUCUCCUUGAAUUUUAUAUGCUUCCUUUAAAUCAAAUUUAGUCUAUUUGUAUACAGUUUUUUUAAAAAUCUAAAAUGUAGAAAGUGGGGAUUGGGUGGGUGGGUAUUCCAAUGGGAAGAUCACUAAAAGGAAAAAUGUUACUAUUUCCUGAGGUAUUUUUCACAGAAUUAUUGAAUUUAAAAAAAAAAUUCAACUUGCAUUCUCAUUGUGGGUGCUUGGAGAAGCUACACAAACUGUGAAGGUUCAUACUUCCUUAAUUAUAACCAGCUUUUGUGUUUUCUGACUGUUUCUGACUUGUUUUGGGGAUAGAUUAAACAAUUCUAUUGAGUACAAUAAAAGGGUUUAAGGUAUCUAUCAAAGAGAGAAUCUAACAUGAAGUCUAAGAGUCUGAGUCACACACAAGUGCUUUGCUUCUGCCCGUCUUCUUAGGUUGCAGUGAGGUUUUUCCUUGUUUUGCUUUGUUAUAUACUCCUCCUGUGUGAGUUGUAUGUUAGUUUUGAAUACCCUAAAAUUGUAUGCCUGACCCCUCUCAAUAGAGCACACUUUGAAAAUGGAAGGAACAAAAUGUCAAAAUCCCAAAAGUAUGGAGCCACAAAUGUUAGUCAGGAUUCAGUGCAGUUCUUGUGCAGUUCUGUAUGCAAUAUGAGCAAGUUCUAGCCUGAACUUCCAAAGCAGGAAGUAAAAAAUUAAAUGCCCUUCCUGUUGCACCUUUGAUGAUUUGCUCUGAGCGGGAAACAGGAUCAGCUUCUCUCCUUAUGAACCUUAAACAGAGGUCUAAAAGUGUAGAAAGUGUCAUUUUGUAUUCCCUCAUCUCUAUAACUCUAAAAGGGACCUAUUUUCUUAGCCAAAUAUGAAUACCUCUUAGAUGAACUCCUUCCUCUCAUGUAAAGUACCUUAUUUUACCAGCCCAUUUUAGGAAAGAACUGCUGACUUGAUAGCAGAAAUCUUAUUUUUAUUCCUUUUAUUUGAAUGGGAGAUUUGGAAAUUAACUUAUGUAAAUAGUUCAAUGCACCUGAUACUAUUUUGUGGAGUUUAUUAAACUACUUUAAAAGAU